AUGGACAGUCUAAUCAGUGAGCUGGUGCAUGACACAAGCAACCUGUACUCGUUGUAUGGCUCUGAGGCCGUCACGGACCGAAACAAAGGUAUCCAUACGAGCAAGGGAGCAAUGUUAGUCAUCGAUGGACUUCCUUUUUCCAGCUCACCGGAUUCAACCCCGGUAUGUGUGGGCUCCCUUCAGGCUUUCACAUUCCCACCACACGUAUUGUACUACGGGCCCGAGUGGCCCGAUCGAAUCACCCCGCCUCAACUCCUAGCCAUGUCAUGCCCAGACUGCUUCUCCGGCUUCGAGCAUGAUGGAACCCCCAAGGGCAAGGUGAUCAAGCUCCAUGGCUUGGAUACUUACGUUACCGAGCCUGCAGAAGGCAGGCCUGUCAAAGGCAUCAUCGUGUACAUACCUGAUGCGUUUGGCAUUGAUUUUGUGAACAACAAGAUCCUAGCCGACACCUAUGCUGCCAAGGGAGACUACAAGGUCUAUCUACCGGACUUCAUGCUCGGCCAUUCCUGCCCGUCCUGGGUCUUGGGCUCAAUCAAAAGUAUCACGAGCUCCGGCGACUACCUCUACAAGCCUUACCACGUCUUCUGGGCCAUGUAUGCCUUUAUACCCUGGAUCCUCCGCAAUAGGCCUGGCAAGAGCUUCCCUAUCGUCAAGAAAUUCUUCGAGGACCUUCGCAAGGAGUCCGGCUCAACCCCGAUUGGCGCGGCGGGCUUCUGCUGGGGCGGCAAGCACGUCGUCCUCCUCGCCGAUGGGCAGCACAAGAUCGACGGCAAGCCCAUGUACGACGCCGGCUUCACUGGCCACCCCAGUUUCCUGGAGAUUCCCAAGGACAUUGAAAGAAUCGCCGUUCCGGUCUCCAUUGCUGUACCCGAGCUUGAUAAUCAGUUUUCUAUACCGCGGGAUAUCGACGUCAUCGAUCGCAUUAUGGAAGGGAGGCCCGAGGCCACUAAGGGCGAGAUUCGGGUGUAUGAGAAGGUUGGCCAUGGGUUCUGUGUCAGGGCUGACAUGAAGGCUGAAGAUGUUGCCAAGUCGGCCACUGAGGCAGAGAAUCAGGCAAUCGAAUGGUUCAACGCCAAGUUGGGCAGGUUAUUGUGA